AUGUCUAGUGCUGAUUUUUCCCUGUGGCAGCAGAAAAAUUACUAUUUUACUUCAAAACCCAGUCGCUACAGAUAUCCUGCCAGCAACAAAAUUAGCCAACUGUGGCUUUUUGUUUUCCGUGAAUAUUUAUCCCUAGAGAUGGAAUUGGAACGUGUGUGCCCUCUCCUGCUAGCCGCCUUGGUAGCCGUGUGUUACAGCAAUUCCCUCAGAUCAGGACUUGCAUACGACGACCAGGCUGCCAUAAGAGACAACAGGGAUCUCAGACCCCACACACCCAUAACCAACAUAUUUUUUAAUGACUUCUGGGGUACUCCUUUGAGAAAAGAGGGCAGCCACAAGUCAUACCGGCCGUUGACAGUUUUGAGUUUUCGGGCAAACUACGCCGUCCAUGGCCUGAAGCCAUUCGGCUAUCACCUAAUUAAUGUCCUACUCCAUGCUCUAGUAUGCUUCCUCUUUUACAGAUUGUGCCUGCAUUUUUCAACGGGGAUAAGUAGCUUGGUGUCUUCAGCUUUGUUCGCCGUCCAUCCAGUUCACACAGAGGCCGUGACCGGGGUGGUAGGACGAGCGGAGCUUUUGUCUGCUGUUGCCUUCCUCUGUGCCUUACUAUAUUACAUACAUUCUAGAUAUCAACACAAAACAAAUGCUUUUCAAGAAUGCUGCGUUACUUCAAUAUUAGCUGUACUUGGCUUGCUUUGUAAAGAACAAGGAUUGACUGUUCUUGCAAUUUGCUGCAUAUAUGAAUUAGUUAGUCCUAAGAAUCAGCGCAAGGUGCAGAGCAUAAGAUACUUGAUGUUAGGUAGAGUGUCACCAUGGCUUCGGGACAGACUGCUGCGAAUUUCGUUGUUGUUGACAGCAGCAGCUGGAGCUCUAUACUUCAGAUGUAAAAUUAUGGGACCGAAAUUGCUUCCCGCUUUUAGCAGGUUCGACAAUCCAGCCGCUGCUUCCCCGACGCCGACCAGGCAGCUGACGUACAACUACCUGUUGUCAGUUAAUGCUUGGUUACUGCUAUUCCCUUGUAAUCUGUGCUGUGAUUGGGCCAUGUCCACUAUCCCUUUGGUGAUGGACAUCUGGGAUGUUCGAAACUUGGCUUCCAUAUUGUUCUAUGCGUGCAUAUUUUUUGCAGUGCGUAGUAUCUUCAGGUUGGAAGAAGAAUCCAGGCUGUCUCUGAUAAUGAGCUUGUCUUUGCUGACAGUGCCGUUUCUGCCCGCUAGCAACCUUUUCUUCCCCGUGGGUUUUGUUGUGGCUGAAAGAGUUCUGUACAUUCCCAGCAUGGGGUUUUGUAUGAUAGUGGCGCAAGGAUGGUGCAUUUUGUGGGAAAAAAGAACUUGUAAACAGCUGGCAGCAGCCGGGAUCCUAUUUCUCUUGGCAGUCCAUGUACUGAAAACUAUACGGCGGAACGAAGACUGGAGGACGGAAUAUUCCUUGUACAGUUCUGCAUUAGCUGUUAACCAGAGGAACGCUAAACUUUACAACAACAUGGGAAAGGUGCUAGAAGCUCUGAACAGGCAUGAAGAAGCUUUAUCUCAGUAUAAAGAAGCAAUACGAAUACAAUCUGAUGACGUAAGAGGAUAUCUAAACGUUGGAAGAGUUCUUACGCACUUACGUAGAUAUGAAGAAGCUGAAGGAAUUUAUUUACAAGCCAAAGCUUUGUUUCCCGGUACUUCAGAGACAAAAGCGAGCGAGGUGAGAGUCACCCCCAACCACCUGCAGCUGUUUCUUAACCUCGCUUUCCUCAUCUCCAGAAACGACAGCCGAUUGGAGGAAGCUGAUGCGCUUUACCGUGAAGCAAUAACUUUAAGAUCUGAUUUUACGAACGCUUACCUUAAUCGUGGUGAUGUACUGCUAAAAAUGAACAGAACGAAAGAAGCAGAAGCCAUGUACCAAAGAGCUCUAGAGUUUGACGAUUCUAAUCCGGAUCUGUACUUCAAUCUCGGCAUCGUACUCAUGGACCAAGGACGGAAUGACGAAGCGCUUCAGUUAUUCAACAAAGCUUUAGAUAUCGAUCCAGAGCAUGAGAAAUCAUUGGAGUUUUCUGCAGUUUUAAUACACGAAUCAGGAAUGUCAAGGCAUAAAAACUUAGCAAGAGACAGAUUAGAAAAGAUAGUUGAUCGAGGAAAAGAAACUGAAAGAGUGUAUAUUAGUUUGGGUCUAAUGUCAAUAGAAAACAAGGAUUUCCACAGUGCCGAGAGAUGCUUCAAAAAAGCUCUAGUGAAGAAGCCCGAUUCCAGGGAAGCUCUGUUCAACUUAGCACUGCUUUUAUCGGAUCAUCACAGGCAGUCUGAAGCGGUCUCUUUCUUGGACCAACUCCUAAGGUACCAUCCAGACCACAUCAACGGCCUCAUUUUGCUGGCCGAUAUCAACGUCAAUCACUUCAAGAACCUGGAUGUCGCUGAAGAGUGCUACAGCAAAGUACUGGAAAUUGAUCAUACCAACCAGAAAGCUCUCCACAAUCUAUGCGUACUACAUUUCGAACGACAAGACUUUGCCAUGGCCGAACGAUGUCUUACCCACACUCUGGCACUUCAUCCUAGCGUGCCCUACAUUAGGCAACACCUACAGGUAGUCAGGAACAUUCUUAAACAAGGUCCAGACAGGGUCUUCGGCCAUUUGGCAGGAUCCCAUCCUGUCAGCUGA